UAAAACAGCUCUUUUCAAACCAAACGUUGUAUCACUAAAUUACAAAGGCAGCAAUGCUCUUCUCAGUGGUAUCUGUAACGUUAUAAAAGCAACAUGCGUUUGGUGUAACGUUAAUCUGACAGAGUCUAAAGUGUUAGCUAAGAUAUAGCUGGAGAUAGCAUUAGCUAACGUGCCUCGUCGCACUUCUUAAACUAAUUCAGAAGACUGGACUCAACUGGUCCGACCGCUGGCACUGUAGUUUUACCUUGGUUCCAUUGGGAAAGGUCGACAGCUCUCCUUUACCAGGACUGAUCAGUUUUUUUAUUAUUCCUUCUUCGAGAAGCUUGCGUGCCGCUUCCUCCAUCCUUGACCGAGUCUCAAUUCACGACAGAAGACGAGUUUUGCCGAAGCCAGUCGUUUCACUUGGGGCCUCAGCGCGCCCUCUACACGUAGACUGCAUGAAACUACAGGCCAAACUUUGUCUCUUGCUGCAGCUCAUUUUUGAGCUUUCUUCAUGCACACAUGUCCGGGUGAUUCCUGGUUCCACUCUGGAGCUGCCCUGUUUCUCAUUUCAGACUGAGUUCAAUGAAGCGGCCCCCAUCUGGAAAUUCAAUGGUAAUGAUGUAAGUGCUCAGUCGCCUGGCUCAGCUAAAGUUAAAAAGAAUGGCCGGUAUCUCUCUAUAUCCCCGGUAACUGCUGCCAAUGAGGGCGAGUACGUGUGUUUGUUUAUGCAGGAAAAUAUGGAGUUGAUCAGGACAUAUAACAUUACAGUUGAUGCAGUAAUUGGCUAUACCAUUAAGGUAAACUUUGGAACCAACGUUAAACUCCCUUGCCAUUUCCCACCUUCCAGCCAAAUCACGGCCAAUGCACUUUGGUUCAAAGAGACAGAUGUUGGCGAGAGGACACAGCUGAAUCUUGGAGACGAGUCAACAGUGGAUGAUAACAGAGUGGGCCUGAUUUAUCCAUUUGACCAUGAUCAGACCAUCGUACUCAGAAAUACCGUCUUGGAGGAUGCUGGAAUUUACAAUUGUGAAUCUGUUGAUGGGGAGAAGCUGAGCACUGUAUACAUUAUUGUUGAUGCUGCUUCCACCCCUGCUCCACACACGUGCAGCAACUUCACCACAGCAUGGGAGCCCUGCCUGGAAGAGAACAGUCGCACAGCUGAACCCACGAUGCAGGAAUCCAUAACAGACUUUUCCAUGAAGCUGUAUUCUUACCUCAGAGAAUCAAAUCCCUUUAGCAACUUGCUCUUCUCUCCCAUCAGUAUCAGCGGUGCACUAUCCCAUUUGCUGUUAGGUGCAAGGGGGCCCACCCGCAAAGCCAUUGAGACAGCUGUAUGCUUACCUAAUGGCUUCAGCUGUGUUCACUUCCAGAUGAAAAAGCUGAGAGAGAAGUUGGCCAGCUCCUUGCAGAUGGCUUCUCAGAUCUACUACAAUCCACAAAUGAAUCUGAGUGAGUCCUUUACUAAACAGUCCAUUGAGUUCUACGAAGCUGAGCCCACCAGGCUGCUGGAAACCAGCGAAGAAAGCACACAGAUGAUCAAUAGCUGGGUGGCAAACAAGACCAACAAUAAUAUCAAGCACUUAGUUGACUCUGUGUCACCCAGUACACAGAUGAUGCUGCUCAAUGCCGUCUCCUUUAGUGGUCAGUGGAAAGUCAAGUUUGAUCAGAAACCCAAAAAAGGACAUUUCACAAAAUUGGGCGGUGAUAUGGUUAUGGUGCCGCUCCUCUAUCACCAGAAAUACAUGGUGGCUAUGACCUACGUGGUUGAGUUAAAGGCACAGGUGGCGAGGUUUGCUCUCACAGGUGACAGCAGUCUUUACGUCCUGCUGCCUCGCUCCAACACAGCGACUGACCUGCAGCAGGUGGAGCAGAUGAUGACGUAUGGAGCUGUGCGUCACAUGAUAGAAAAAAUGAAAACAACAUCUUCUCAGCAUGUAGAGGUCACUCUGCCACAAAUCAAGCUGGACUUUCAGCCAGACAUGAACAUACUUAUCAAGAAAUUUGGAUUGUCGUCACUCUUCGAGGAUGCCAACCUGUGUGGCCUCUUCUCCGAAGAGAAGGUGCUUCUGGACGAUGCCAGACACAGAGCCUUCCUUGCACUGUCCGAGCAAGGAGUAGAGGCCGGAGCCAUCACCUCUAUGUCGUUCUCUCGCUCCUUCCCUUCCUUCACUGCCCUGCGACCUUUUAUCAUGCUGCUGUGGAGUGACCAGGCCAAUGUGCCACUCUUUAUUGGGAGAGUGACAGACCCGUGAGAGAAAGAAGGGGGUAGACAGACAGACACGGAGAAGAGAGAGGGAGUGGAAAUGUAACAGAGGCAAAUGGGCAGGAAAAUAAACAAAGAUAUCGUAAAUAAAGGCUGUCUGAUAGAGCAAGUGAAAUCUUUUAAUUAUCUUGCAAUGCUUUUUCUGAAAAUUCAGUUGCUUUUUAAACACAACCUAAAUUCUGCAUCAGUGUUGCUUAGAGUAGGAACGACCCUCAGAAACAUAUAUACAGACCUGCAUGUGUACUGCUUUCAAAGAUGACGAUGAAUAAACACCACACAUAUGCUGAAUGUCAUGUGUUUUGAAGAACUAAGCACAGUGUGGCUCACGUGUCAUUCAAAGGAAGACAGACGACCAAUGAAACAACUUCAAUUUAUUUAGCGAAGUAGUUACACAAACCCACCACGGGAUGGCAGCCAUACUGUGUGAUUGACAUUGACAGUGACUACACAGGAACUGCAGUAAUGAAUUCCCAUCUCAUUCUCACUGGCCCUCCUGCAUCAUUACCACUGAUAUCACUUUAAGGAAGACAAGUGUCAAAAUCUGUGACAGAAAAGGUUUUUUUUUUUUUUAUCAAUAGCUUGCUUGGUAAAGCACAGCGACUGAGCAAAAAAUACCCUGAAUCAUCAUAUUCACAAACAAACACAUACAGACUCAUGGUAAGAGACUGAAUGGAUGGCAUAGAUUGUAAACACAUCAGCAUUCAGAAUGAUCAGCUAAGGUUGCACUCUAUUACACAAGCUGAUGGUGAUUGCUAAACAUGCAGCUGUAUUGCAGAUAAAAUUAUUACAUAAGCAAAGCGGGGUCAAUAGACAAGAGUCAGAAAAUUCGGUGGCUGUAAACAAAACCAACAGAUCCAGACACAGGGAUAAGCAAGCAUCCAGCCAGAAAUGUGAACUCUAUUAGAUCACUGUCACCCAGCCUAGCCCCAAUCAGAGUACUGAGUAUUCCCAGAAAUGCAUCUUUGAUGCCUGGAUAACACGAUCAUGUUCUUGUUUUGGUUUGAUUAUCUUACUGCUCACGUGUUGUUUUGAUGUGCAUAGAAAAAGUACAGAAUAAACCCACCAUACUUGCCCAA